AUGGCUGCACCACGAGGCCUGAAGUGGAAACAAGGUCGUGCUAUCACAUCGUGGUGGACUUUAAGGGAUCAGGAGGGUGCAGUACAAGCCAUAGUCGUCGUGUACGUGGACGAUUUUCUCCUAUGUGGUCCUCGUGAAGUGGUGGUCGAGUUAACAGACAUUAUACAGCAGGUUUGGGAUACAUCCGAGCUCACGGUGCUGGGACCUACAACAGCGGUGCGGUUUCUUGGAAUGGAAUUACACCGCGAGACAGAGACAAUGGACGAGAUUACAGUUCAUCAGCAGGGGUUUAUCCAAGAGCUGGUGAGGACGCAUGGGAUCAAGCCCAACCAAGUGAGCCGCGUGCCGAUCACAAAGGAGUUGGCAGCAAUCCUUGACCAGGAGGAGAAUGUUACGGAUGGUAUAGUCAAAGACGCACAGCAGCUUACAGGUGAAGUGCUCUGGGUGGCGCAGCGGUCAAGGCCGGAUUUGGCCUAUACUACAUCCAUGAUGGCCAGUAUGUGUACACGAACGCCAAUACAGGCCAUACAGACUGGGAUUAAGGCGAUUGGCUAUCUCCUCAAGACUAUCCAGUAUGGACUAAAGGUGCGCUGGUCAAAUGCAGGACUGGUGAUGUUCUGUGAUGCUGCCUAUGCCCCUCAGGGCGGAAGGUCGCAUGGUGGAUGGGUUGUAACGUUUGGAGGAGUCCCAAUCGUUUGGAGAAGUGGAAGGCAACCGAUGAUUACGUUGUCUACUGCAGAAGCCGAACUCCUUUCCAUGAUAGACGGUGCCAUAGCCAUGAAAGGGGUGGAAGCACUGUUAUUGGAUGUUGGUGAAGUCGUGGAAAGCAAAGAGAUAGCAUCCGAUAGCAUGGCUACAGAAGAGGCAAGUUCUUCUACGUCAAGAGGAUCAGGCAUUCAGGUCGAUGGUGAUCUGGUUGGAAUGAUGAUGGUGCUUCUUAUGGGCCUGGGAGCUUUGCUUAUCUGGGAGUGCUUCAAGUGGAUGUGCAGCGAGAUCUAUAAUGAGUACACCCCUGGAGCAGGCAAAAGAAGACUCAAGAAGCUGAGGAAGCUGCAGGCAGCUACCACCGAGGCGAUUGAGAAAGAGCUAGAGCGUAUUCGAGAUCUGGGAGGAGAGCAGCCUGCUUCCCGAGUACAAAGGGCGACUCCUGAAGCACCAGCUUCCUCUACAUCAGCGGCGACUUUGCGGCUACGAACGACUACAAGAGUCGAUGAUAGGGAGUCAAGGCAUGUCAGUGACCCAGUUCCGGACAACCAGGUUGUGGUGUGGGAGGAGAUGGUCUUAAAGAUGAUCAAGCUCAUCGACUUGGAGGUCGUCUUGCCGAAUUAG